GCCUGAUGACGGCAUUUAUUAGCGACGCGUUCUGUCUUUUGUGUUUACGUUUAGCUUUUCACGGGUGUUUAGUGAGUUAAAGCGACGUUCAUCUAAAAAUUAUUCUCAGCUACUGUUGGAAAUGGACCGGAGAACGUGGUAAACAUUAGUCUGCCGUGGACGAGUUAAAACAUGAAUAAAGGGUGGCUGGAGCUGGAGAGUGAUCCAGGUCUGUUCACUCUGCUGGUGGAAGACUUUGGUGUCAAGGGCGUCCAAGUUGAGGAAAUUUAUGAUCUUCAAAGCAAGUGUCAGAGUCCUGUUUAUGGCUUCAUCUUCCUCUUUAAGUGGAUCGAAGAGCGUCGCUCCAGGAGAAAAGUCAACACUUUAGUGGAUGAAACAUCAGUCAUUGAUGAGGAAAUUGUAAAUGAUAUGUUUUUUGCUCAUCAGCUGAUUCCAAACUCAUGUGCCACCCACGCUUUGCUGAGUGUUCUCCUGAACUGCAGUGGCGUCGAGCUUGGGACCACCCUCAGUCGCAUAAAGGCUUUUACCAAAGGUUUUAGCCCAGAGAGCAAAGGUUACGCCAUAGGAAACGCUCCCGAACUUGCCCGAGCACAUAACAGCCAUGCCAGACCGGAGCCACGACACCUGCCAGAGAAACAGAACGGGAUUAGCGCCGUUCGGACCAUGGAGGCCUUCCACUUUGUUAGUUACGUACCAAUAAAAGAUCGCCUCUUUGAGCUGGAUGGACUCAAGUCAUACCCCAUAGACCACGGGCCCUGGGGGGAGGAUGAGGAAUGGACCGAUAAGGCCCGCCGUGUCAUCAUGGAACGGAUUGGACUGGCCACUGCUGGUGAGCCCUAUCACGACAUCCGCUUCAACUUGAUGGCUGUGGUGCCGGACCGCAGGAUGAAGUACGAGUCCAAACUGGAAAUUCUGAAGAAGAAUCGACAAACUAUUUUGGAGGGUCUGCAGAAGAUGAUCCGACUCACUCAGACUCCGAGCGAGUCCACUCAUGACAAGAAGCAGCAGGACUCUGCCUCCCCAGAGGAAAACACCUCUCCCAUCAAGAAGGAGGCAGAUGUAGGCCCAUGCACCUCCCAAGGAUCCUCCUCUGAUUCAGUGGAUGAAUCAGGGGCUCAGUCCAAGGAUGGCUCCAACCCCUCAGGAAGCACUAAAGUCAUGGGAAAACCACCGGUCCCAGCUGGGGGAGGAGCCCAGCAGGUCACCAGUCCUGGCCCCAUCGUUCCACGCCUUCCUGCCUUCCUCGACAACCACAACUAUGCAAAGUCCCCAAUGCAGGAGGAGGAAGAUCGUGCUGCAGGCGUCGGCCGCUCUCGUGUGCCGGGCCCAUCCCAGCCCUCGUACACGGAUGACGAAGACUAUGAUGCCGAAGAGGAGGAAGUUACAGCUUCUGCCAGCACGUCCACUAGAUUCAGACGGAAGGCGAGUCUGCGCUCGAGAACGGGCCGGGUCGGCACCGGAGUAGAGAGCCAGAUCGCCCUCAAUGUUUUAGCUGAGAAACUGAAGAAGGAGGCUAAGAGAAAAGAUGCUUUAAAUACUCCCCUGUCUGUGCGCACCGAAGGACGCACUGGGGGGAUCUGUAUCACGUCUGCCUCUCAGCCGUCCCCCACGCCGAGCAACGAAAGCACCGACACGGCCUCUGAAAUCGGCAGUGCUUUCAACUCCCCCUUGCGCUCGCCGGCGCGCUCCCAGGCCGCCACGCGGCCGUCCAGCCCAGUCGCAUCCCAUCUGUCUCGUGUUCUGUUUGGGGAAGACGAGAUGCUGAGACUAGACUCCAGACACAACCGAGCUGUGAGAGAACUAGGCCCCUCUGUCAGCGCGGCGCUGCUACACCUACAGGAAGAUGGAGUCAUUUAUUCCCUCCUUCCAUCUGGAGACUCGGCGCCAGAGGGCACGAAGGUUUUCACUCCAGAGAAGAUAAAAGUCAAAGAGGAAGCAGAUGAAAAAGAGGGCAUAAAGGAAGGAGAUGAGGGACCAUCAGUGGAGGUGAAGAAAGAGGAGGGGAACAAAGAAGGAGCUGAGGGGAAACCUGGCAAAAAGAAGCUCAGCGUUACAGAUUCUGGUGCCGACAGCAAACCCUCCGGGGAUAAGUACUCUCCUAAAGAGCUGCUGGCGCUGCUGAAGUGCGUGGAGGCCGACAUCACCAACUACGAGGUGUCUCUGAAGGAGGAAGUGGAGAAGAGAAAGAAAUACAAAAUAGAUGAUCAGAGGAGGACACACAAUUAUGAUGAGUUUAUCUGCACCUUUAUAUCAAUGCUGGCCCAAGAAGGCAUGUUGGCCAGCCUCGUAGAGCAAAACAUUUCUGUGCGUCGUCGGCAGGGAGUGAGCAUCGGCCGUUUGCACAAACAGAGGAAGCCCGACCGAAGGAAACGCUCCAGACCGUACAAAGCCAAACGUCAGUGAUCACAAUCGUCUGUAAGGAAGCUGUCCGUGCCGAGCAGUUGUGGCAGAGGUGCAGGAAGUUGCUGCUGCACUCCUGGAAGUUCUUCUGCUUCAUGAAAUUGACCACAAGUUAAUUUUACUCUGAUCUUUUGUAUAUUUUAGUCUCGUAAUCGUAAUUGACUGGAGUUUAUUUAAAAGCUCUAACUAGUAAUCAUCUCUCAGUGCCAAUAAAAAUAUUGAACUUACACGCAUCUUCAGCUUCAGUACACUCUGCAUGGAUUUAUUCUGCUCUUUUAAGUAUUUUAAUAUCAUGAUACCUUACAUGUACAGUUUUAAUCUCAAAGUCAUAAAAUGUUCCGCUUUUUCAUAAAAGGCUCUUUACUUGUAAAUAUCUUUAUUGAGGUCCUGCAAAGGAAAAACAAGCUCUUGUGUCACAUUUGGAUCUCAGAGAAACAGAAUUUCCAGUUGAAUGUUGGCGGCUGUGUAGUUUUUGUACAUAUUUGUGUGUUAAUAUGUACACUAAAUUUAAAUGUUCAUUGUGCUUGUUAUUUCAUUCUGAAAUAAACUUAAUGAAAUUCGGA